AUGGACGGGCCCUUGGCAUGGGAGCUCGGGCCCUGCAAAUACAGGGUGGGGAGAGUGGUGCCCAGCGACUCGGGAGCUAAGUGGCAGAAGCGGUCGCAGAGGCCAAGGAGGACUGGGAGGUUAGCAGGCGCUGGCACCGACCGGAAGUGGUGGGCCCCGCCCCCUCCGCACGAUCACAUGACCCCAGAGCGCCGGAAAUACCCGCCCUCUGACGCCGGAAGCGAUGCCGUUGCUAAGCGACCGUUGCUAGGCGCGGGCGAGGCGGGAAGCUCGAGCGACGCUGCAGCUAUGGCGCCCGGUAGCGGUUCGCGCAGGCCGCGGGGUGGGGUCCCUGGUGGUGGGGGGUCCCGGGUCCGGUCCGGGACUCACUCCAUGCACGCCCGGCCCGCAGCAGCUUGGCAGCAGCCGUUCCUCAACGUCUUCCGGCACUUCCGGGUGGACGAGUGGAAGCGGGCCGCGAGGGAGGGCGACGUGGCGGCCGUGGCGGACCAGACCCUGCGCUGCCGCGUCUACCGGAUCCGCGGCGCCGCGUCCGCCAGCAACUACCUGCAGCUGCCGCCGACGGGCUCGCAGUCGCUCGGCCUCACGGGCCGCUACGUCUACGUGCUCUUCCGGCCGCUGCCCGACAAGCACUUCGUCAUCCACCUGGACGUGGCCACCGACCACGCCCAGGUGAUCCGAGUGUCUUUCUCCAACCUCUUCAAGGAGUUCAAGUCCACGGCCACAUGGCUGCAGUUCCCCUUGGUGUAUGGAACCUCCACUGUGGGGGAAGGUGGCGUGGGGCUGGCCCCUUGCCAAUGUCGCUGGACCUGCCUACAGGUGGACCUGCAGGAUACCCUUCUCAUCUACCUCAGCCAGCGCUACAGUCACCUCAGGGGCAUGCGGCUGUGCGCCAGCCUGCUGGUCAGGAGCGUCUACACCAGUGACCUCAGCUUCAACCCCACCAUCACCGUCGCCGAGGCCCGGCGUUCCAAGCUGUCUGUCACCCCCGUGCCGCGAGAAAUGGCGUUCCCAGUGCCCAAGGGGAAGAGCUGGAGUGACCUGUACCUCCACAUCCGGUGGGCACCUCUCCCCUGCCCCGUGCCAGUCCGUUGUCUGCCCAGACUGACUGCUAUGUCCCACCCAGGUUUCCCGCUGUCAGCACGAGUGCAACCUCCCCACAGUGCCAGAAGGACUCACCCACUCCUGAGACAGCAGAUUGGCGGCACUGUCUGUGCCCUGGCCUGUAGCCCCCAACCCCUAGUCUGCAAGGCGAGUUCUCUGCUCUUCCCUGUUGCAGGGUCCCAGGAUGCACGGUCGUGGCGGCGCCCUCACACAACAGUCCUGAGCAGGCCCACUCAGCAGUUCCACCGGGCACAUAGGUCCCCAAAGCCCAACCUGAGGGUGGCAGGCAGCAGUAUCCCGCCAUUUGCCAACCCCUCAGCAGCGGACCCUGUGGCACAGCCCAAGAGAUUCCUCCCGGAUCCCAUCCUGAGGCUCAAAGGCAUCAUUGGCUUUGGAGGCUCUAGUGCGAGAUGGGCCCUGUGGACCCGGGACGGAACAAGCAUCCUUUAUCCCUGCCAUGCUGUCAUUGUGCUCCUCCACAUCCGCAGCCUUGAGCAACGCUUCUUCCUUGGCCACACAGAUGAGGUCUCUGCCCUGGCCCUGGAUGGGAAGAACCGGCUCCUGGUUUCGGCUCAGGUGCGACCCUCCAGUAUGCUACGUCUUUGGGACUUGUGCAGUGGCCAGUGCCUGUCCCUACUGCGCUGCCCAGUCCCCACCAUCUGCUCACUCAGCCUCUCGGACAGUGGGGCUCUUCUGUGUGGUGUGGGCAAGGACCAUCAUGGGCGGACAGUGGUGGUUGCCUGGGGCACCGAGCAGGUUGGGUACGGCGGGGAGGUAGCCAUUCUGGCCAAGGCGCACACUGAUGUGGACAUCCAGGCUUUUGUGGUUUCCGGCCACGACGAGACCAGGAUGGCCUCAUGUGGGCGGGGCAGUGUGAGGCUCUGGAGACUUCGGGGCGGGGUGCUGCGCUCAUGUCCUGUGGACCUGGGGGAAUACCAUGCCCUGGACUUCACUGACCUGGACUUUGCAAAGGCCCAGGACCACACACUCUACGCCUGUAGCCGCAGCGGCCACGUUCUAGAGUUGGACUCCCAGUGCUUGGCUGUGCGACAUGCUCGCCGUUUGCUGCCUGCCCAGGCCCCCAGCAGUCCCGUCACACAGAAGUGGGCCUCUGGCUCAGGUCCCAUUGCCAUCAGCAGCCUCAGCGUCUCCCAGACCCUGUGUGCAGUGGGCUCUGAGGAUGGCCACUUGCGCCUCUGGCCCCUGGACUUCUCGACUGUGCUGUUGGAGACAGGACAUGAAGGCCCCAUUGCUGCUGUCCGUGUGAGCCCGGAUGGCCGGUGUGUGCUGUCCACCACCUCGUCAGGCCUCCUGGGAUUUCUGGACGUGGAGGCCCAGGAGUACUGUGUGUUAAUGCGUGCCCACACCAGCCCCGUGCUGGGCCUGGCUACCAAGAACAGUCACAGGCAGCUUGCCACCGUGGGUCUGGACCGCACAGUCCGUGUCUGGGACUUGAGUACACUGCAGCAGCUGUAUGACCUGAUGUCCCCUGAGGAUGCGCCCUGUAUUGUCGCCUUCCACCCCACACAGCCGCUCCUCUUCUGCGGCUUCAGCAGUGGAGCCAUGCGGGCCUGCAACCUGGACACAUCUGAGGUGCUGCUGGAGCUCAGGUGUCACAGAGAAGCCAUCACUGGCCUGGCCACCAGCCCCGACGGUCAUUUCCUAUUCAGUAGCUGUUCCCAGGGCAUCCUGGCUCAGUACCGCUGUGCAGCCACCCAGUGCCAGGUGCUGCGUGUGGCAGCUGACAUGGUGUGGCAGGAGGCCUGUGGGAGCUCCCUGGCUGUUAGCUCGGACAGCCGCCUGCUGGCAUUUGUGGGUCCCUCUGGGCACACAGUGACUGUAGCAGACACGGCCUCACUGGAGCAGCUGCUACAGGUGGACCUCCGUGCCUCAGCCCUAGGCAGCAGCCGUGUAGACUUUGCUGUGGCCAUCUGCUUUGGGCCUGCUCCCCCAGGCCACUUGCUGGUGUCCACAUCAUCCGCUUUAGUCCUGGUGCUGGAUGCCAUGUCUGGCCAUGUGGUCCAGGAGCUCUCUGGGAUGCAGCCCCCAGCCUGCCCAUCCCUGGCGCUUAGUGCAGAUGGGCGCUUGCUGCUCAUGGCAGCUGACCAGGCCAUCAAGGUGUGGGACUGCUGGGCACAGGCCAGGCCCCGCUGCCAGGUGUUCAUUGGCCACUCGGCACCCGUGCGGGCUGUGGCCUUCACUCCCGACCACCAGCAGGUCCUCAGCGUGGGGGACGCCAUCUUCCUCUGGGACGUGCUGGCUUCUGAGGUGGCCCCACAAAGUGCCCAGAGCUUGCCUGCUGCUCCUGAGCCCUGUGAGACUGGGCCAGUGCAGCUGGAGGGCACCAAGUCUAAGUCCAGUGAGUGGCCCUGUGCGCAGACCCCAGUCUGUGGCCACAGUGUGGGCCUGGCCAGGCUGAGGGGCAGCCCAGAGGCUCCUGGCCCAUCUCUGCCCCUGCCCCAAGAUGUCACAUCAGCCUGGGACCACAAGGAAGUCUGUGAGAAAAACCCAGAUCUCAGGGUGCUGGGCCAAGCCUCAGGCCACCCGGUGCUGCUGGGGAGGGAGGCCGGCAUGUCUGCAGAUGGAGCUUGGGGAGCUGGAGAGCCCCCGAAGUUUGGGGAGUCUCUCGGCCCCCACAGCUGGCUGAGGGCCCAGCAUGUGGAGGCGCCUCACCCUGAUGCCCGUAGACACUUCACUGCCCACUGCAAGUGUGUAUCCUGGCCCCCUGCUGGUGGAGAAGGGCUGCACCUGAAGGCUGUGGUGGGCUACAGUGGCAGUGGGCGGGCCAACUUGGUCUGGAGGCCUGACACGGGCUUUUUUGCCUACACAAGUGGCCGUCUACUGGUGGUGGAGGACCUGCACUCCGGCACCCAGCACCACUGGCUUGGCCAUGCUGAUGAGGUGUCCACACUGGCCCUUAGCCACAGUGCCCAGCUCCUCGCCUCUGCCUCGGGCCACGCGCCUGGCCACACCAACGGCCAUGGCCAGAUACACCUCUGGAAUGUGCCUGGGGGCUCCUGCCAGCAUCUCAUCAGGCAUCAGGACGCCUGGGUGCGGGCACUGGCCUUCUCGCCCGAUGACCAGCUGCUCAUCUCACUGGGGGACUCUGCUGACUGCAGUCUGGCCAUGUGGAGAGUGGCCACAGCGGAGCUGCUGGUAUCCUUGCGCCUCCCAGAGCCUGCACUUGAUGUGGCCUUCAGCCCCUGGGAUGCCGGCCAGCUGGCCUGUGUGGGCCAGGGAGGCCUCAGCUUCUGGCUCCUGCCACGGCAUGGGGCUGGCCUGGCCCUCCAGGCACACCGAGAACCCCUGCCCCAGGGGGUGGAGGCAGCCGCACUGACCUCACUGUGCUUCGGGGCUGUGCCCCUGCUGUUCUGUGGCUCCAGUGCCGGCCACGUCUGCGUGUGGGAUACAUGCACUCGCAGUUGCAUCCUGGCCUGGCAGGCAGAUGAUGGGGCAAUCGGGCUGCUGCUGUGCUCGGGCCCCUGGUUGGUCAGUGGCAGUGACACACGGUGGUUGCGCCUCUGGGCUGUGGGAGCCAUUCCGGAGCUGAGACGCACGGGGUCGGCUGCAGGUGCCAGCUCUGUGGUGAUGGAGCAGGAGCUGAGUCUAGAUGGAGCCGUGGUCAGUGCUGUCUUCCAUGAGAGCAUGGACAUGGGGGUUGUGGGCACCACAGCGGGCACCGUCUGGUUUGUCAGCUGGGCCCAAGGCACUAGCACUCGCCUCAUCAGUGGCCACUAUAGCCAGGUCAACGAGGUGGCCUUUAGCCCCAGUGAGGCCCACUGUGCCACCUGCAGUGAUGAUGGCAGCGUGCGCGUGUGGUCCCUCACCAGCCUCGAGCUGCUGGUCCAGUUCCAGGUCCGGAAUCAGCAAUGCCUCUGUGUGACUUGGAGCCCUGCAUCCUGUGGCCGGGCAGAGCAGCAGCGGGUAGCUGCGGGGUACAGCGAUGGCACCCUGCGUGUCUUCAGCAUCUCCCGCACCGCGAUGGAGUUGAGGGUGCAGCCACACUCGGAUGCACUGACAGCUAUUGCCUUCUCGGCUGAUGGUCAAUCCAUCCUCUCGGGAGACCGAAGUGGAUAUGUGGCUGUGAGCCGCCUGAACACCGGGGUCACCCUGCGUGUGCUGAGUGACCACCAUGGUGCCCCCAUCUGCACCUUACAGAGCACCAGCAAAGAGUAUGAAGACUUCGGGGUAAAGGGGAUGGACCUGUGGCUGGCUGCUAGCGGGGACCAGCGGGUCAGCGUCUGGGCUUCCAACUGGCUGCGGGACCACUGUGAGCUUGUGGAUUGGCUCAGCUUCCCAGCACCCACCCUGGAGGGGCCUGAUGACUCACCACCAUCCUUGGCUGCCUUCUGCCCCUGGGACCAGGCACUGCUGGUGUGUGCAGGCCUUGGACUGCACCGGGAACUUGCCUUCUACAGCCUCCACUGGAAGAAAGUGGUGAAGACUAUCUCACUACCAGCUUUUGCCUUGUCUUUGAGCCUGUCCUCCAGCCUCCACCUCGCGGCCAUUGGCUUUGCCGAUAGAGUGUUGCGCCUGGUGGACUGCAGGUCAGGGGCCGCCCAGGACUUUGCCGCUCACAAGGACACUGUGCAGCUGUGCCGGUUCUCGCCAUCUGCCCACCUGCUCUUCUCUGCAGCUCAUAGCGAGAUCUUGGUGUGGGAGGUUGUGCCCACCGCCUUGUCCUUGGGCUAG